AUGUCGGUGCUACGCAGAUCAUUCGCUUCCGUCAUUGAAAACAAGCUUUUAAUCAAAGACAAAUGGGUCAGCUCUAAAGCCAGCAAAUGGUUUGACGUCAAAGACCCAGCAACCCAAGAAGUUGUCGCAAGAGUUCCACAAUGCACCCAGUCCGAGUUCGACCAAGCCGUCUCCAGUGCCAAAGAAACCUUCAAAACCUGGCGAAACGUCCCUGUCUUAACCCGGCUCAGAUAUAUGAGAAAAUAUUUAGACCUCUUAAACGCUAACCUAGAAAACCUAGCAGGUAUAAUUACACGAGAAAAUGGCAAAGUCCUGGCUGAUUCCCGAGGAGACGUCAUCCGAGGUAUAGAAGUAGUCGAGCACACCCUGUCCUUUGGCUCUUUACUACAAGGUGAAUCUAUGGAAAAUCUCGCAAAAGACCUUGACACUUAUUCAUAUAGACACCCAUUAGGCGUCUGUGCAGGAAUCACUCCAUUCAAUUUCCCUGCUAUGAUUCCUCUCUGGAUGUACCCAGUAGCUGCUGCAUGUGGAAAUACCUAUGUAUUAAAACCAUCAGAAAAAGUAGCAACCACCUGUGAAAAAAUGGGCGAACUUUUCUUAGAAGCUGGUUUCCCUCAUGGUGUUCUCAAUAUUGUCCACGGAGGAAAAGACACAGUUGACAUGAUCUGCAAACACCCUGACAUUAAAGCAAUUUCCUUUGUAGGAGGAAACGACGCAGGAACUUAUAUCCACCAACAAGGCUCACAUUAUGGCAAAAGAGUCCAGUCUAAUAUGGGUGCGAAAAAUCACGUCAUUGUGCUGCCUGAUGCAGAUAAAGAAGACGCUAUUAAUGCACUAGUAAGCAGCGUUUUUGGAGCGACAGGACAAAGAUGUAUGGCACUCAGCGUCAUUGUUCUUGUUGGAGAAACUAAAUCUUGGAUCCCUGAUUUAGUAGCUAAAUCUAAAACACUUAAAGUCGGCCCUGGAAAUGACCCAAAAACUGAUGUAGGACCUUUAAAUGCAGCUGGUCUUAAAGAAAGAGUUGAAUCUUUAAUUGCAAGUGGAGUCUCUGAAGGAGCCAAGCUAUUAUUAGACGGCCGAGGAGUCAAAGUUAAUGGCUUUGAAAAAGGAAAUUUCGUAGGACCAACUAUUUUUGCUGAUGUAAACGUAAACCAAAAAAUCUAUAAAGAAGAAAUUUUUGGACCUGUUAUGACUAUAAUGACUGUAGACACAUUGGAAGAGGCUAUUGAAUUAAUCAAUAGAAAUCCUAAUGGAAAUGGGACUUCUAUAUUUACAAGCUCUGGAAGCAGCGCUAGGAAAUUCCAAAGAGAAAUUGAAGCUGGACAAGUCGGGAUUAAUGUGCCUAUUCCUGUACCUUUGCCUAUGUUCAGCUUUACUGGGAAUAAAGGCUCAUUUAGAGGAGACUUGAACUUCUAUGGAAAAGGAGCUAUCAAUUUCUUCACUCAAUGGAAAACAAUUGGGUGUAGGUCCAAUUAUCGUGCAUUUUUGAGGGGUGCAUUUAACCGAUGUAUUUUUGGUCGAAAAUUGGCUGAAACUUUUGAUAAUGAGACAUUUGACCGAAAAAAAAAAUCGACAAAAUGUAAACUAUCAAAAAUCCACUAUCAUUUGGCAUAGCCAAAACAAUUACGUCUAGAUGGAAAGAAGAGAACUCAGAAAAAUAUAAGUUGUCCACAGCUUUCCCUACAAUGAAAUAA